CGCAAAUGGAUGUUUUUUAACGAUAUAUAUAGAUCAUCCCUCACCUAGCCUCAUAUUCUUAAGCCUCAAAGGCAACUACGCAUCUCAGAUCAGGUUGAAGCACGCAAGGUGUCGUAAUGCUCGCUACCAGUUUCUUCGUUCUCGCCUGGGUGGCCUAUGUUCACGGUAAUCAAGUAGCACGGCCACCAAUUUGCGAGAAGCCUCCAAAUCUAGGUCUCUGUAAGCCUUUAAAUCAGUCCUGGUAUUUUGAUCCUCCGACGCACAAGUGCUUCAUGAUUCCUAGAGGCCAAUGCGGGGGAGGACCAAACAUUUUCCCUACGGAAAUGCAGUGUUUGUCAGCAUGCGCACAAUCUAAGGGUAUGCCGCAGCCGAGAUGCCGACAAAAACCUUUCCUUGGAAGCUGUCAGCCAACGGACACUGCUUGGUUAUAUCAUCCUAAGCAUAGAGACUGUAAAAUGUUUCGUCAUGGCUCAUGUGGGAGAGGCUUGAACCAUUUCGCCACUGAAGAAAAGUGCCGUAUGGUAUGUGAGCAAAGAAAGACACCCCCAAUACCCAUAUGCAGCGCCAAGCCAGAAGCAGGGUAUUGUAUGGGAAUGAACACGCACUGGUAUUUCGAUCAGAAAGCGAAUAAUUGCAGUCACUUCGAGGGGUGGUGGUGUGCAAAAAAUGCUAACGGAUUCAUAUCUUACAACGUCUGCAUGUGGAGAUGCAGUUAUAACCCUAUACCAAAGAAGUGUCCUCAAUGUCAACAAAAGAAACCUGGACAGUUGCCUGACAUUGCAGGUAACCCUAUACCAAUGAAGUGUCCUCAAUGUCAACAAAAGAAACCUGCACAGUUGCCUGACCAGCGAAACUCGGCAGUUAAAGGUUCGAAUGUUCCUCCUGGACUCCCUUCGAACCAGCUACCGCAUAACUGAAGAAAGAAUUUUGUCUCAAUUGUGCCAACAGAUGUUUUUAUUACAUACACUUAAAAAAUUGGAUAAAAUGAAACCUGCACCAAUGCAUGAAACUUCCUGAAACCAGUAACCAGAUCCAGUAUUACGCUGCCUUCUCACAAGACGAAGCAAAAGAACUAUCACGGAUUCUCACAUCAAGCAAAAAAAUACGUAUUUAAUUUUAGUGCGGAGGUGACCAGGUAAUUUGGACCAUCAGAAGGCUUCACCAUCCGUCCCCAACGCGAAAUGUUAAGUUUUCACAAUUCAGCGAAUAGUUAAGACUUCACCACAUUUUCAUAAACGGUUAAAUAAUACCGAUGUGGCACAUCUACGCCCUGUCCCUCUCCCUGACCUACCUCCAAGCUGCGAGAGGCACUGCUCCCCACUGCCCGUCUCUUGGAAUAGAAAGUAUUGAUUGAGGGGAGGGGGUCGUAGCAAUGACGUAGCCAUAUACUUCUCUGCAUUGAAGCUACUCCUGCAAGGUCGUCUUCUUGCUCUCAAUAAAGACAGUUUUUUUUUUC